AUGCCCUCCCCCUCCUCCAUCUCAUUUUCGCUCUCCCUGCUAAUAGCAGGCUAUCUCGCCCGUUGGAGUCUCACGCCCCCGAAUCUCCCCGCUGGCAAAUCCAAUGCGCCCGCCGACCGUGUCCGCCUGAUCGCAGGCCCAAUCAAUACCGUCGUGACGCACUUCAACUCGGUCUGCAUCAUCUACCAUGCUCUUCUGGCGCUAUUUUACACAGAAGGCAGCAACUACGAUGCUACUGGCAGGACGGCAGCCAGCGACACAGCCUACGAAGCGAUCUGCCCGCACCCGACCAAUCUCCCUCCGCAUCUCUUCACCUGGACCACCACCACCACCCUCUGCCUGCUCUCCCUCGCCCUGGGUGCCUCCCUCCGUCUCUCCGCAUUCAAGUUCCUCGGUCGGAACUUUACCUUUCAGCUGUCACAGCCAGACACCCUGAUCACGGGGGGGAUCUACCGAUUCGUACAGCAUCCGAGCUACACGGGUUUGUGGUUGGUCGCGGCAGGAUACCUGGGGUUGAUAAUGCGGUGGGACGGAGCAGUUGCCUGCAUGCUAGAGAACAGCGUACUGGAAAGACUGUCCGGCUGGGGAGGAUGGAUGGUGGGCGCGUUGGUGUCGGUUUUGAUUUCAUCCACGGCGAUGCGGGUGCGCGACGAGGAGGGCAUGUUACGGGCGCAGUUCGGGCAGAGAUGGGAGGCAUGGCAUACGAGAACAGCAAGAUUCAUUCCCUCUCUUCCCUUCCACACCCAUCCAAUCCAGUCACACCCACAUCAAUUCACCAUGGGUCUCCUCGGCCGUGUCACCAAAAUCACCACCAUCGGUGCCGGAGCCACCGUGGGGUUCUUCUUCGCGGCCGUCCGACACAACGAGUUCGUGCCCAUGCCCACGACCGACCCUCUCUUCCAGCACCCUCUGUACCAGAAACUCAACCCAUCGAACAACCCGCCCAGCUACGACCUGUGCGUGCGUCGCGUGCCCCUGAAAGACAUCAAGCCCGCUCUGCUUGAAAAGCCCGGCCGGUUGACCGAAGCGUUCUGCGCCGGUGUGUGGAGUGGAUUCGGAUACGCCUACCAACGCCGCUACCUCUCGAAGAAAUACGAAGGACCCGAGACAGCAUCCCACCUAUGGACCCGGGCGGAGCUCCGCUCCUCCACCUACGACGUCGGCACCCUGAUCACGGACCACUUCGAGGUGGUAGAGAAGACGCCGGAGCGGAUUGUGGUGCGGUGCGGUGACUCGCCGCGGAAGCAGGAUGUGCGGGACUCGGAUGGCUUGUUUGAGAUGUCGACGGAGGUGAAGCCGGAGCAGGGCGUGGCGGAGUUCCGACUCAAGAGUUUGUUUUUCCAGGGGAAGGGGAAGGCGGAGGGGGAGCCGAUGCCGUCGCAUGUGUUGUGGUUGCAUAAGCAGUAUACGAAGUUGUGGUUGGAGACGGCGUUGGGGAAUAUUUGGCGGUGAUGGAUGAUGUCCACGCUCGGGUGGGAGGGAUAUCUGCUGCGGGUAUGGCUUGGAUAUCUAUGGACUUGUUAAUGGUUGGAUAGUGAUAUAUUUGAAUGGCCCGAUACUUCCUUAUACUAUGUGGCUGAUCACGAGAAACACCAAUAUAUUAUCAUACCGUACUUGCAUUCAGACAAAAGCCAGAAUACCAC